UCGAUUAUCAUGACAGAAGGAUAGGCCUUUGGUUGGCUUAGGCCUAGAUUUGCUACUUGUUAAUCAAUGAAUGUGGUGACUUUUGGCGUUUCUGCAAUAUAUUUUGUAGCAUGCUGGUGUUCUAUGUAGACAUCUUAGAAAUUUCAGAAUGAUGGUGCUCUCCAUCUCCAUGAUGGUGUGUUCAUGGCCAUUAUUGGCCACCAGGGCGACCUAUCGAGGUGUUCAGAAUCAGAUGCACAUGUGUUCCAGAAGCACAUGGUUGAGGCGUUGUAAUCGGCUUCGCCUACGCUUCGGCCUAGGACCCGACGACCUAUCUGGCAGGCCAAUUACAAGUGACAGUGUGGGUGAUUUAAAACAGAUACCCGAAGGUCCUUCUUUAAGAGACUUUUUAAAACAAGAAGCAUUACAGACUAAUAAAUAUGUUGGUAUUAAUAAUAAUAAUCGACGUGAAACGUCUGUGGAAAUGGAACCUGAUGAAAUACCGUAUCUGCUAACAACUUCUGGUGACGGUAGAAAAGUCUACUUUGAGACUUAUGGAUGUCAAAUGAACGUUAGCGAUAUGGAAAUAGUCUGGUCGAUACUGAAGAAAAACAACUUUUCAAAAGUUGACAAUGUAAAAAAGGCAGAUGUAAUUUUAUUGAUGACUUGUGCAAUACGAGAGAAUGCAGAGACAAAGAUCUGGAACAGAUUACAACAUUUCAGAUCUCUCAAAGAAUCCAGGAGAAGAAAAGAUAUGCCGGUGAAGAUUGGUUUACUUGGAUGUAUGGCAGAGAGGUUAAAAAAGAAGAUACUUGACAAAAGUAAACUAGUUGAUGUAAUUGCGGGCCCAGAUGCAUACAGGGAUCUACCACGUUUACUGGAUGUUUCCACAUCAGGCAACGCUGCUAUUAAUACCAUUUUAUCAAUAGAUGAGACGUACGCUGAUGUGAUGCCUGUACGUCUGAACCACAAAUCACCUACAGCAUACGUCUCAAUAAUGCGAGGUUGUGAUAACAUGUGCAGUUAUUGUAUUGUGCCUUUUACAAGAGGACGUGAAAGAAGUCGACCUAUAACCUCCAUUCUAGAAGAAAUCAGAAUACUGUCUGCCCAGGGAGUGAAGGAGGUAACACUUCUUGGACAAAAUGUAAACAGCUAUAGAGAUGUAUCUGAAGAUGUUUAUUAUUCAUCUGCUAACGAACCUGCAUCAGAUAAUGUAACUGCAAAAGGUUUCAGUACAAUCUACAAACCCAAACUUGGCGGUCUGCGUUUUGCUGAUCUCCUGGAUAAAGUUUCUCAGGUGGAUGAGAAUAUGAGAAUACGGUUUACUUCUCCACACCCGAAGGAUUUCCCUGACCAGGUACUUGAAGUAAUAAGAGACCGGCCCAAUAUUUGUAAUCACUUACAUUUACCUGCACAGAGUGGUAAUUCUGAUGUUCUACACCGAAUGAGGCGAGGUUAUACACGUGAAGCAUACCUUGAGCUUGUUGACCAUGUGAGAAACGUGUUGCCGAAUGUUUCCCUCACAAGUGAUUUCAUCACAGGUUUCUGUGGAGAAACAGAACAGGAACACGAAGACACACUUUCGUUGCUUCAACAAGUUGACUACAACUAUACCUUCCUCUUUGCUUACAGUAUGCGACAGAAAACCCAUGCGUACCAUAAGAUGAAAGACGAUGUUCCUGAAGAGGUCAAAAAGAGGAGAUUAGAUGAAAUGAUAACAAUUGCAAGGGAAUCGAUGACAAAAGUAAAUGAAGGCUACGUGGGAAAGGAGAUGCUUGUAUUGGUAGAAGGAAAGAGUAGAAGGUCAGAUGAUUACUUAGCUGGACGCAUUGAUGCUAACACAAAAGUUAUAAUAUCUGACAAAAUGAUUCCAGAAUUUAGGGGAUCAUCUCAUCUACAGCCAAUCAAUAUCGGCGACUUUAUUGCUGUUCAA